AUGUACAUCCCCAUACAUUUCGGAAACCAGUCGCCAAUUGCCUCAACCUCGACCCUUGUCCCACCCACCGUCUACACGUUUGGCAAGCACGAGAGCAACACUGACCCGUCCCGUCUCACCGACCGUUACCCUGCCGCUUAUAGAGACUUCUUCGGUAUGCCCAGCGGUGCUCCCUGCAUCUACAAGUCGGGCCCUGCCUGGCCUGAACGCAAGGGUCCGGGAGCACAGCGCUUCAUCCGCGAGGCGCGCCCUGUCUACGGCCACCCUAUCGCAGGCUCCUGGCUCAAGAUUGGUACGGACAUCUACAAGUCCCUCGACUCUCGCGGCAUCAUGUGGACCUCGAUCGACCCCGUCGCCUUCGCCAACGCAAAGGAGAAGACGCCGUUUUGCCCACUCCUUAUGUGGAUCGGUGUGAAGCACAAGACUCUCCCCUUCGACGUGGCAGUGGCUGCUGCUGACGCCAUCAAGGUCAUCCUCAGUCUAGCCGGCUUCCCUGAGAUCGAGGUCGCUUUUCGCGAGUCGGAGGUGACCCACUCUGUUGGUGGUCCGAAGCUCCUCCCCUUCAACCCCCUCCUCGACUGCAUCCCUGAGUUUCGCAAGCCUUUCACGCCCACGCUCGGCCUCUCCAUUGCCCCGCUCAAGAUGCCCCACUACGAGGGCACCGGUGCCCUCUACUUCCACCUCGGCAAAGAUGAUGAGCGCGUCGUCCUUCUCACUGCUGCCCACGUCGUUUGCCCUCCUCCCGCGUACGCCAACACGGGCAUGUCGUGCCAGCACACCAGCCAGCGACACGAGGACAUCGUCACCCUCGGCAACAUCGGCUAUGGGAAUGCCACGAAUGCCAUGAUGGCCACCAUCGGUGAUCUCGCACCCUGCGUUGAGGUGCGGAAGGAGGUGAUCGCCAGCCUGGGCGAGGAUGCAGUGGUCACCAGGAAACUCAAGUACACCCAGCAUGACGUGGAGCAGACGACGAAUAUGAUCGAUGAGUUGAACAAGCUUCAUGACGAGGUUACUAAAUGCAGGACGCACCCGAACCAGCGCAUCAUCGGCUUUGUCCUCCACGCUGAGCGCAUUGUUGUCGCCGACAGACCCACCGAGUUUAUGCAUGACUGGGCCUUUAUCCAGCUUUACCGUGAGAAGAUCGACUGGAGCACCUUCCCAGGAAAUAAGGUCUACAUCGGUGGCAACCUCUUGCCAUACGACUUCACCAAUCUCAUGUUCUCGCAGCCUGAGGACAAAGUGGGCUACAAGUACCCGGUCGAUGGGCUCCUGCAGGCCUCUGGUGUUGUGAAGAAUGACGAGAUCCACCAACCCCAGCAUCUCGACAUCCACGGCGAGAAGGCACUCCUUGUAGUGAAGAACGGCCAGACCACGGGCACCACCAUCGGUCGUGUCAAUGGGCUCGAGUCUUUCACUCGUGUCCACACCGACUAUGGCGCCAAGUACACGUCCAUCGAGAUCGCCAUCCUGCCCUAUGACAAGCUGCGUAGCCCCUUCUCUGCCCCUGGAGAUUCCGGCGCCAUCAUCCUCGACAGGGCUGGCCGCAUCGUCGCCUUGCUCGCCGGUGGUGGCGGCACAACGGAUAAGACAGACGUAACCUAUGGGAUCCCGUACUGGUGGCUCGAGGAGCAGAUCAAGAAGGCCUUCCCCGACUGCCACCUCUACUAG